GAUGUCUGGUGUGUUGUGUUCCAGAACUUUGUCAGUCUGGAUUCGGAAGUCCCGCAGUAUCUUUGCGUGCUCAUUCUCCAAUACUUUUGCAGGUUUGUGAUCCCACCAGUUCUUUCCUGCUGGGAGGUGGUACUUGAGGCAUAAGUUCCAAUGAAUCAUUUGGGCCACAUAGUUGUGCCUCUGUUUGUAGUCUGACUGUGCGAUUUUCUUACAGCAGUUGAGGAUGUGAUCCAUGGUUUCAUCGGUUUCAUUAGAGAGUCUGCAUUUUGGGUCAUCAGCUGAUUUUUCGAUCUUGGCCUUAAUUGCCUUUGUUCUGAUGGCUUGCUCCUGGUCUGCAAGGAUCAGGCCUUCUGGCUCCUUCUUCAGGGUCCCAUUCGUGAGCCAGAGCCAAGUCUUCUCCUUAUCAGCUUUUCCUCCAAUUUUGUCAAGGAACUUUCCAUGCAAUGUUUUGUUGUGCCAGCUGUCAGCUCUAGUUUGUAGUGCGGUUUUCUUGUACUGAUUCUUUGUCUGCUGUGUUUUGAGGAGUUUCUGAUUUUUGACUUCAAUCAAAGCAGGUUCUUCACUUUGCUUUACAUCUUCUGCCAGGGCUUGUUCUUCUUCUUUGACUGCUUGUUUGACUUGUAAGAGUCCUCUGCCCCCUGAUCUUCUAGGCAGAUAUAGCCGGUCAACAUCACUGCGGGGGUGCAGUGAAUGAUGAAUGGUCAUGAGUUUUCUUGUUUUUCUGUCCAAAUUGUCCAGUUCCACCUCUGUCCAGUUUAUGAUGCCAGCAGUAUAUCUUAUGACAGUUUUUGGGAAGCUUGCCCAGCGCGCAUGGGGCCCUGGUCACCCUCUUCCCUUUCUCUUUCCGUGUGUCUCGUAUGUCUCCGCACCGCCAUGAACCACCCUUGCGAGGCGCUGGGCCUGCCGCACAUCUCUGGCAUGUGCCAGCCGCACCGGAGCUGCAACAUCACCGAGGACACGGGGCUCCCGCUGGCCUUCCCUGUGGCGCACGAACUGGGACACAGUGGGAUCCCCCUCUGCGCCUUCCCCCGUUCCAAUGAAAGGAUGGAAGUUUUCCACAAACGUUUUGGUCUGCAUCACUUCCGUACAAACCAGCAAGAGGCCAUCAAUGCCACUCAGCUGGGCGAAGACUUUUUCAUCUUGAUGCCGACAGACUUCCCCUCGCUCUUGCUCCAAGACCUUUGUGCCUUUUCUCCAGGUCUGCUCAAGCGGGCGGCUGAUGCCAACGCGGGAGAAUCUGUCCCGGCGGCCACUCUUGGUCCGCUUUGUGAUGGACGAAGCCCACUGCGCCAGCCAGUGGGCCACGACUUCCGCCAAGACUACAAGCGGCUGAAUAUGCUUCGCAAGCAAUUCGCCUCCGUCCCCAUGAUGGCUCUCACGGCCACCGCCAACCCCAGGGUGCAAAAGGACACCCUGAACCAGCUGGAGAUGCUGAGGCUGCAGGUGUUUAGCAUGAGCUUUAACAGACACAACUUGAAGUAUGAUGUUUUGCCCAAAAGGCCCAAAAGUGUUGCAUUGGACUGCUUGCAAUGGAUCAGAAAAUACCAUCCCUAUGACUCCGGCAUCAUCUCCUGCCUCUCGCGCUCUGAAUGGGACUCUAUGGCCAGCAACCUGCAGAAAGCUGGCCUGUCUGCACUCGCGUCCCACGCCGGCCUCCCCGAUGAAACCAGAGACAUUGUGCAGCAGAAGCGGAUCAACCAGGAUGGAUGCCUGGAGAGACCCCAGGAUCGGAUGGGCUGGGACCAGAAUAUUACAAAUAAAAUAAAAUAUUAUUGAUACCUAAAUUAAAAGAUUUAUUUCAUAGAAUAAUAAAGGGAGAAAAAAUUCCACCAUCAUGGGAACAAUUGUUAAUCACUUUAAUUCUAAAACCUAAUAAAGACCCUCCAGAUCCAGAA